GCACUGAGUCCAAUUUGAAACCUAUCCAGUAAAUGUUUAAACAUCCUAUUCUAACAACAGAACAUCAAUUUACCUGAACAACUUUCAUGUCAAUCCACAUGCAGAAAAAUCUGAACAAACAGUUCCAGGAGGAAGUGGUCGGUCUUUUGAAUACGUCACUCCGUCGAAUAAGGAAGGGGACGUCAUCUUAAACUGUGAGUUGGAAGGGGUGUCAGAGUUUAAAUAUGUCGUGGAUAAGGGAAGAUGAAUCGAACCUCAUUGAGAAGCUCUCAGCCAACAUACUGAAGGCUGGCCCGAUGCCCAAACAUGUGGCCUUUAUCAUGGACGGCAACCGGCGCUAUGCCCGCAAGCGUCAGGUGGAGCGCCAGGAGGGACACACACAGGGUUUUGACAAACUGGCAGAGACACUACGCUGGUGCCUGAACCUGAGCAUCCAUGAGGUCACAGUGUACGCCUUCAGCAUCGAGAACUUCAAGCGGUCUAAAGACGAGGUGGACGGCCUAAUGGAGCUGGCCAAGCAGAAAUUCAUCAGACUGCUAGAAGAACAGGAGAAUCUGGAGAAGCAUGGGGUGUGCAUCCGGGUGUUGGGAGACCUGACUCUACUGCCUCUGGACCUGCAGCAGCACAUAGCCCGGGCUGUGGUGGCCACCAGGACUCAUAACAAAUGCUUUCUGAAUGUGUGCUUUGCCUACACCUCAAGACAUGAAAUCGCUAAUGCCGUCAGAGAGAUGGCUUGGGGUGUGGAGCAGGGACUUAUCAAAUCCAGUGAUGUGUCGGAGGCCCUGCUGAGUCGGUGUCUAUACAGCAGUAACUCUCCCAAUCCUGACCUGCUCAUUCGCACGUCUGGAGAGGUGCGACUCAGUGACUUCCUGCUGUGGCAGACGUCCCACUCCUGCUUAGUGUUCCAGUCGGUCCUGUGGCCAGAGUACUCCUUCUGGAACCUGUGUGAUGCCAUUCUGCAGUAUCAGCUCAAUCACAGACCUCUUCAGAAAGCCAGAGAUCAACACAGAGAAGGACAGGCCCUACAGCAGCAUGAGGCAGACCGGGCCUGUGUAGCAGACCUCCUACAGCACCACGGCAAUGGAAAGCCCCUGGAUGCCCAGAGGAGACAGGAAGCACUGCUCAACUACACUGCCAGCCGAGAGGAACGGGUUCAGAACUUCCUUGGUGCACUCCAGCACAAGAGAGACUCCUUCCUUACUGACUUAACCAGCCAAGCUGCUCUGGCAUAAAGAGGGGAGGAGGGGGACAUAAUGCUCCCCAUCUUGAAUUGGGGGAGCAAUCCCAUCUCUCCUCCUCUUCCCUAAAAGGCUGAGUGGUUUGAAACUUCUUAUUUUGUAUGAGUGUUUUUACCCCUAUGGGGCUGUAUGUGGGAUAUUUGUGUGUGUAUUCUAAAAGAGAAGUCUGAUCAAAGUCUAAUAAAAAGAUAAGCCUGGUAAAGAGCUAAUAAUUAUA